CUCUCCGUUCCGUCCGCUGCGGUUUUUCGGAGACGGAGCGCCGGGGCAAAGGUUGAACCUGCUUGUUGGGCAGCGCGGACGGGCAGCGCCGCGUAGAAUGGCUGCUGGAGAAAGAGAAGAAAGGGACAAAUGAAUUCGGGAUAGACUCGAGAGCGAGAGAGCUGAGGAAGAGGAUGGUGAGCAGCCAACCCAAAUACGAGCUAAUCCAGGAGGUGGGGCGGGGCAGCUACGGGGUGGUGUACGAGGCGGUGGUGCAGCGGACAGGGGCUCGCGUGGCCGUGAAGAAGAUCCGCUGCCACUCACCUGAGAACGUGGAGUUGGCCCUGCGCGAGUUCUGGGCCCUCAGCAGCAUCCAGAGCCAGCACCCCAACGUCAUCCACCUGGAAGAGUGCGUGCUCCAGAGAGACGGCCUGGCCCAGAGGAUGAGCCACGGGUCCAACUCCUCUCUAUACCUGGAGCUGGUGGAGACCUCCCUAAAGGGCGAGAUUGCGUUCGACCCUCGCUGCGCCUACUACCUGUGGUUCGUCAUGGACUUCUGCGACGGAGGAGACAUGAACGCCUACCUGCUGUCGCGCAAACCCAGCCGCAAGACCAACACCAGCUUCAUGCUGCAGCUGGGCAGCGCGCUGGCCUUCCUGCACCGCAACCAGAUCAUCCACAGAGACCUCAAACCCGACAACAUCCUCAUCUCCCAGUGCCGCACGCCGGCCGGCCUGUCCGAGCCCACGCUGAAGGUGGCUGACUUCGGCCUGAGCAAGGUCUGCUCCGCUUCCGGCCUCAAUCCCGAGGAGCCGGCCAGCGUCAACAAGUGUUUCCUGUCCAUGGCGUGCGGCACAGACUUUUACAUGGCCCCCGAGGUGUGGGAGGGCCACUACACGGCCAAAGCGGACAUCUUCGCUCUGGGUGUGAUCAUCUGGGCCAUGGUGGAGAGGAUCACCUUCGUGGACGUGGAGACGCAGAAGGAGCUGCUGGGAAGCUACGUGCAGCACGGCGAGGAGAUCGUUCCGCUGGGCGAGGCCCUGCUGGAGAACCCCAAGAUGGAGCUGCUCAUUCCAGCGCGGAAGAAAAGCAUGAACGCGGGAAUGAAGCAGCUGAUCAGGGAGAUGCUGUCGGCUAAUCCGCAGGAACGGCCGGACGCCUUUGAGCUGGAACUCAGACUGGUGCGCAUCGCCUGCAGGGAACUGGACUGGGACACGUGAGGAGACCAGUGCCCAGCUGUGGAUAGACAAUUUCUUCCUUUUUAUUUUGUCCUUUCUCCUUUAUUUUCACACCACCGAACAAAACAAACACAGUUGGGUAACGUCAUAAGAUGUUCUGUUUCAAGUGAAUUCUAUAUAUGGUUGUCGUAACACAUACAAGGUGAGUCAAAAGUCAGGAGUCACCAGAUAUCUGUGAGAUGCUUAAAGGAGUGCCCAGUUUCAUCCUUUACUCCACGGGAGUAGGUGAUCGGCCAAGUUUGGUGUCUGAAGCUCGCUUCUCUGGUUUCGCACUGGAGCUACAAGGCUAAUGUAAUAAAGGUCUAUUCACAAUCACACCAAAACAGAGCCGAAAACGUCAAAACAUUUAAUUUAUCCAUUAAUUCGAUCUCCCUAACCGCCUGCCUAGCUGCGUUAAAGGUUGUGAUAACUGUGAAAAAAAGAAAGUUCCCUUGCUCUUUUGAAAUAAAGGUGCUUGAAAUAUUGCUUAAACAUGUGUUUAAGUUUCCAAACCUUUCCAACCUUUUAUUCUGUGGAAAAGGAGUUUCUGUGGUCUUUUCUUUAACUGUGGAGGCUCUCAAAGCAGCAAUUAUAGAGAAUAAUAUAAGAAUAAUAUAAGAGAAUAAUUAUAAGAGAAUAAACAACCAUUUAUUCUCCAGUUUAUACAGUCUGUAUAUGAAAACUGUGCUUCAAAAACAGCCUGGUUUGAAUUCAUUGUAUCCAUAAUAUAACAAAAAACCAAUUUACAUAUAUCCACCUAUUCAGCCUACAGCAGUUUAGCCCCAUCCAUUCAUACUGAGGUACUAGGCAGUGUUUUCAGCUCUGAGUUCUUUCUGAAUGAGGCACAGCCAAUUAGAACAGAGCUCAUUUAUCUUAUAUCAGUAUUAAAGACACAGUAACAAAAGUCUUGUUCAGUUCUAAGGAAAGAGAGGUUGGAAAAUGGUGAUGUAAAAAUGAGUUAUGACUGUUUUUGGUACAUAAAACCACACAAAUGUUAUGAAUGGACCUCAGAGGAAACUAUAAGACGCAAGACGGGCCCUUUGUGUGAACGCAGCAUCGUUAUCUUGGGAAUUUACAACAGUCAACAUCGCUGCAAACCUUUUUUCCUGUCAUUUUGCAUGUUCUGAUGUUCCGAGUCGUACACCUGAGGUAGAACGAUACACAUCAGCUUGAUUUGUAUUGAAAUAAUACAAGUAACCGCUGCUCUGAGAGCCUCCACUUAAAAAAGACCACAGAAACUCCUUUUCCACAGAAUAUGAUGGAAUAUUUACUGACACGUUAAUUGGCACAGAAUUAGCGGUAAUAUAACCUGGAGUUAUUUCUACGUUUUGGCUUUAUAGCAGGAAAAAGAUGCUGAAAUCUUUAUUGCACAGUAAAUAUGAAUGACGAGGCAGGACUAAAGUCACUGACCCCACCUCCUCAUGUAAAACUAAUCCUGUCCACAUAGUACACCCAGAAAUGCUUUACCCACCACAGACGUCGAUUUCUUGGCUACAUUAGCCUCACAGCUCCAGUCCAAAUCUAAAGACACCAGAUGCUUUGGCUAAUAAGCUGCAUGUGGCGAGGAGAACAUUGUGUAAAUGUAAAUUAUGUAUUAGACUAAUAGGUAACCUGCAAUAUAGGCACACCUGUUGAUCUAAUCAGAUCUUGUAGAUAUUUGAGUGGUUUCUGACUCCUGACUCACCCUGUAUGUUUCUAAUGGUUGUCCACAAGCACAUAGCAAUUGAGUGGCAUGUAGGUCCUUACACAGUGAGGCUAGUUUACGGAUUAAAGCUACAUGCACAUCCAUGAAUUUCUUUUGUCUGUGGACUAAGCCUCCACGCAGAUCUGACCCCCAGGGGUCGAGCAAAUCUCGCUGGCGUCCUUACGGCGAGAAGGCGCAGAGCACGGCGAUUUUAAUUGGGCACAUCAAACGCCGCUUGGCAAAACAAACUCGUGACAGGUUUUCCCCUGAUACUUCCAGCUUUUCUCUCUCGGGAACACCAAUUUUGUCCUCUUUGACAGCCUGAGGUAGCUCGUCAAUGUCUGCCUGCCUCACUCUCGGUGCUAAUUUACCUUCUGAUGCAAUGCAAACCCAAAACCCGCACACAGGGAAAAGCAUCCCGCUAGGAUGCAGCUCAUCCGUAUGUCUCUUGCUCUGGCACGGCGGCGGCAGCGUUCAAACAGUUGUCUACUGAAGAAUCGAUAUCUCUUACCUUCUGCACUACUUUCAACAAAACCUCAGGCUGGUAUAUUUGUACAUCCAGAUUUUACAGUAUCUUAAUGUUUCUCUUUUUCUACCAAAUGCCUCCCGAACACAACAGAGAAAAAAAAAAAAAUACCGUGAGCAUAGUUUAGGAAGCGUGUUUGUCUGGCGUGCUGUUGCAGAGCAGAUAAACUUUGAUAUGAGCUCGUUUCUUGUCUUUAAACCUAGGACCUGUGCUUUAUCAGCAAGGGGGGGGUGGAAGGAAAGUCUAGCAGAGCAUUGAUACAGAUUUAGGGUUGCUGUUGAGGCCUUUGCCCUCUGGACGCUGUUUGGAGAGGUACAGACGCAUGCCAAAGUUGACCACCGGUCAAACGACGUGUUUUGUGGAUUUUUUAAGUGAAAUUGUUACACCUUCUACAGGGAAAAAGCUUUAAAUCUGGCAUUUGCCCGCAAAUUUUAAUGCACCAUUUUAAUUUAUCACGUGCAUUUAACAAAUAAUAGAAUAGAAACAACCAUAAAACAGUAAAUCCGACAUAAAUUUAGCAGAGGGCACAUUUUUAAUUAAACUGUGCAGAAGUGAGUUCUCUGUAGAAGAUCUGUAGACGUCAACAAAACAGGUAAUUUGAUCAGGUGUGCUCAAUAGUUUGCAUACGGCUGUGUAUUUGCACAUACACACCGACGGGUGCCAAAUUGAAGGAAAGCCUUACAUAAUGUGUUAAUGAGUGGAGAAACAUAACAAGAUGCUUCCAGACAGGUGUAUGCAGGAUCUAAUUAAGCAGUUAACAUCAGACAGCACUCAGGUAUGAAAAGGCUGAGCUGGACAAGCCGUCCUCAAUUUUAUAACGAGGAAAAGAUCUAAACGACUUUGAAAGAGGGUUCAUUAUUGACAGGACCUUCAGUCACAAAGACUGCUCACCUGCCUAGUGUGAUAUACAUCAGUAAACAGGGCUGAAAAUUGUGGUUAAAAGUGCACAUUCAGUGAGUGAGUGAUGCUCGUGCAUUAGUGUGAUACGCAAGAGCAGAUGUUCCUCAGCUGACUGAGAACGUUAGUGCAGGCCGUCAGCAAGAACUGCACAGAGAGGGAUAUUAUAGCAGAGCUGCAGUGCAUAAACCCCUCAUUACAAAGACCAGUGACCAUCUGAGAGGUCAGUGGUGUAAAAACAAGCAGCACUGCUUUACAGAGGUGUG